GGUAAACUAGGAAGUAGACACGUUAACAUGGCGGUGUUUUUGCGUCUCAAGGGGGUGUCCUUUCUUGACCUGCUGUCAGUUUUUUGUUUAUUAACAUUAUUCAUCAGCGCCGGAGGUAAUAUACAAAUAAACAAUGUGCAUAAGACUGAACACUCAGGAGAAGAGGUUUUGCGUAGUGUGGGAGACGUGAUUUCCGACGAAGAAAAACCCUCGAAAGCUGAUGCACAGGGCCGGCUGCACCCGGGACUCAUUGUUGCUGUGGUGAUUGUUGCCUUCAUUGCAGUCUUAGCCGCUGCUUUUAUUAUUAGAAAAUAUUGCUUUCCUCAGAGCAAUGCAACAUACAGGUACUCGGUCCUCAGGAGAAAUGAGGAGUGGAGUAUUGCAGAUGAAUUAGACAACAACACUGCAAGCAGGAGGCUUUAUAAUGAUGACUCUGAUGAGGGUAUGUUGGAAUGAAAUGUCUCAUUCUCUAAACACCACAGCAACACCAAAGAGAAACACCCCAUUUCUUGUACAAUUCUAUUGUCAGUGAGCAAGGCUGUUAUUUAUUAUUCUCUCCUGUUACCUGCUCUUUAUAAACUUUAUCUCCAAUUAUAUUUGUUUAUGUACAAAGGGGAUUAUGCUGGAUAAAUCUGCAAGUGCACAUACGGCACAAGGAUGAAGGUUAGCUACUGCAAAAGCUGAUGCCCUGAUAACUGCUGUUCUAAUAUGAAAAUUAGUUUUUUCUGCUUAAUAUUCAGCGCUGUGAGCAUUCUGCAUAUACAGUAAACAAUCUAAAUACAGCAUUGUAUUCAUCUCAGCAAAACAUUUAAAGAUGCCCGAUGCUUACAAAAUCAGCCUAUUAAAUUCAUUAUGUAAAAUGGGCUAGUUAAAUGAGAUACCACAUGGACUAACUGGUUUCUGUUUACUGCAUUCUUCCAUUUAGACAGGGCAGGCAGGUUUGGUUACAUUAAGCAGAAAAAACUCAGCAGCACACAGAGGUAAUAUGCUGUAUGCUGAUUUGAAUACUCAAGUAUACUCAACAUUUGAGUAAAAAACAUGUUGAGUAAAAAAAAAAAUGGAUUUGAUUAUUAUUGUGAAUAUUUAUUUGAUUAUCUUAUAAAUACACAAAUUAGGUCUACAAUGUGUAGUACUAUACGAAAUGUCUUUGUACAUGCACUUAUCCAAAAUGCAGAAAUUGUGUGUGUGUGUGUAUAUAUAUAUAUAUAUAUAUAUAUAUAUAUAUAUAUAUAUAUAUAUAUAGAUAGAUAGAUAGAUAGAUAGAUAGAUAGACUGUAUCUAAUAUUGUUCUUAGUUCAGUUGUUUUUUGUAUGUGUUGCAUACAUGGUAUGUAUUUUUUUCUCAGUAAUACAAUAAAGCGUUUGUUUUUACCUCUGUUCUCUUAUUUAUGAAACACAAUCCUAUUACUUUGUUUUGAAAUGGUAUGAUCCAAGCUGGCAUUUUAAAUAAAUUCCUUUGAAAUACCAUUCUGAGCUGUGAGCAUUA